AUGGAGAAGAUACAUACUUAUGAUGAAGACAAAGUAGAUUUUCAUACCUACGAUGCUUACGUUUCCAAGGUUCAAAGUUGCCAUAUGACGUCAGUUGCCUCACUUAUUGAAUACUUUAAAGGACCAAUUUUCGAAGAUGGGAAUCGUGAAAUAUUCCUUGCGCGUGCAUUCUUCAUAUGGUUGGCGAAUAUGAGAACCAAUCUAGUACAGGGUCUUCCUGAUGACAUUAUUAGCAUUCUUCAUAAAAGAUCAGUGUAUGCGUUUGCUGCGCUGUGCAAGUCAGCCAAUAUUCAGCACCAAGUGGUGGAAGGCAUAUCAAAAAACUUGAGUUAUUUACCAGGUGAUGAUCAAAGGAACAAAAGUAUAUCGAAUGUAUGUUGGAUCACAUUCAAGUCAAACGACCGCUGGCACAUUAUUAAUGUUGUAACAGGCAUAUAUUCCAUGUUAGGACAUUCAAGAGGAGGUGAAAUACUUUUAGAAAGUGAAGGUGAAACGCUUCUCAAGGAAACAGAGGAAUCAGCAGGAAAAUGUGUAAUUUAUAUUAAGGACUUUUAUUUUUGUCCGAAUCCGAGUAUGUAUAUUUUCUUUUCAUUCCCAGAUGAUCCCGAAUGGCAGCUUCUGCCAAUCGCCAAACGCAUAAGCAAAGCAGAGUUCUUUUCAUUACCGCUCUUUCGAUCUUCCUUUUUCACAGCGAAACUUCAUUUGCUAAGUGAACACGCUGGACUUUUGCAUUCCAAAAAUGGUAAAUGUACCAUUUCUUUUGGAGCAAAUAAAGUUGAUACAAGAUACAUGUCAAUGACGUACAAACUGUCUGUCAGGAAAGAUACUGUCAAUUUAGAAGAGAUCGAUGCACGAGAUUUACCUUUGUUGGUUGUUUAUGCUCCAGGUAUCGACACAUUCACCUUUAAUAUCCGAUUUCCUGUGUCAGCAGAAUAUAUUUUUCAAAUAUAUGUGUCAGCUCCGGAUAUAAAAUAUAGUGAUUGUUGUUUGUUUGCGACAUUCAAAAUUGUCUGUUCGCAAUCUGACCCAAAUUGCAAAAAACUUCCUUUGCACACAGGCUCUAUUGGAUAUGGAUUCGGAUAUAAAGCUAUUGACUUUGGUCUUAAAAACCCAUCGACAUCUUUGUCAAACGUCCAUGUUGAAUGUGGCCAAAACGAUAUAGUAGAUAUGACCGAACUAACAUUUCAGAUAGACAGCGAUAAGAUUAAUGAAACUGAAUUUUUAUCUGAGAUUGUUGGAGAGGAAAGCAACAAGGACG